CUGAAAAGUCUUGGCGUCGGACGCCCUCUACGAUACGUCAGUCGUUUAUCGUAUAGCAACCAAGUUCAACAAGGGAAACGGAAAAUCUAAACAUGUCUGAAGCUGAGGAAACAAUGAAAAGGAUUACUGCCCACAAGGGUGUGGUAGGAACAAUUGUAAUGGACAAUGAUUCAAUCCCUCUCAAGACAACGCUAGAUAAUUCCACCACAGUCCAGUAUUGCCAACAAUACAAGCCUGUGAUUGGCCUGGCGAGGAGCUGUGUACGGGAUAUCGACCCAGUGGACAACCUUGCCUUCCUCCGUGUCCGCACCAAGAGGAAUGAGGUUAUGGUGGCUCCAGGAAAAGAGUGCUCAUUGCUUGUAAUACAGAACCCUUCCGAAUCGUAAUCUGUUUAACCCACCAAAGCUGGAUGAUAAAGGAUAUGAAUGAUGAAAUGUGUUGUUUGAGAAAUAUUCCUCUUCAGUGGCAUGAUCGUGCAUUGAGAGUGGUAUUCUCAUAUCAUCCAUUAAAGGAAUCCCAAGUUCACUUUGACCACAUUUUUUUAGAGUGCCAAUCUUCCACUCAAAUACAAAGUACACAAUCAUUUGACCCAGCAGUGAAAAACU